AUGUUACGACGAACCUUUGUACAUCCCAUCGUGCUCGCUCUAGGCCUCGUUGGCACCGGCUCCGUCGUUGCUGCUGGUCCUUGCGAUAUCUACUCCUCCGGUGGCACGCCCUGCAUUGCUGCGCAUAGCACCACUCGAGCCCUGUACAGUGCGUACAGCGGCUCUCUAUACCAGGUAAAGCGCGGUUCUGACGGUACUACAACCAACAUCGCGCCGCUUUCUGCUGGUGGCGUCGCGAAUGCCGCCGCGCAGGACUCUUUCUGUUCCGGCACGACCUGCCUCAUUACCAUCAUCUAUGACCAGUCCGGCCGCGGGAACCAUCUCACUCAAGCUCCGCCCGGCGGCUUCCAAGGCCCCGAGGCCAAUGGUUAUGACAACCUGGCCAGCGCAAUUGGCGCCCCGGUCACGCUGAACGGUCAGAAGGCGUACGGUGUCUUUGUCUCGCCCGGCACUGGCUAUCGCAACAACGCCGCCAGUGGAACGGCAACCGGUGACGUGGCAGAGGGCAUGUACGCCGUCCUGGAUGGAACCCAUUACAACGGUGGCUGCUGCUUCGAUUAUGGCAAUGCCGAGACAAACAGUCUAGACACGGGCAAUGGCCACAUGGAGGCCAUCUACUUCGGUGACAACUCUGCCUGGGGAACUGGUGCUGGAAGUGGCCCAUGGCUCAUGGCGGAUCUUGAGAACAACCUCUUCUCUGGCGCCAACACUGGCUACAACGCUGGCGACCCGUCGCUCUCCUACCGAUUCCUCACUACAGUCUUGAAGGGGAAGGCAAACCAGUGGGCUCUUCGGGGCGCCAACGCUGCGUCCGGCUCGCUGUCGACAUACUACACUGGUGCGCGGCCAAGCGCAUCUGGCUACAACCCUAUGAGCAAAGAGGGCGCCAUCAUCCUUGGUAUCGGUGGCGAUAACAGCGUCAGCGCCCAAGGCACAUUCUACGAGGGCGUGAUGACCUCCGGCUAUCCGUCCGAUGCCACCGAGAACUCAGUGCAGGCCAACAUCGUCGCUGCUAAAUAUGCGGCCGGGUCGCUCACCAGUGGCACGACGCUCACGGUGGGCUCUUCGAUCUCGCUGCAAGCCACCACCUCCGGCUACACGACGCGCUACCUCGCACACACCGGCUCAACCGUCGAUACGCAGGUCGUCUCAUCCUCCAGCAGUACGGCGCUCAAGCAACAGGCCAGCUGGACUGUCCGCGCCGGCCUUGCCAACAGCGCCUGCUUCUCAUUCGAGUCGAAAGAUACCGCCGGCAGCUAUAUACGGCACAAUAACUUCGUGCUGCUGCUCAAUGCCAACGACGGCACGAAGCAGUUCAAAGAAGACGCGACGUUCUGCCCACAGACCAGUCUCAAUGGCAAAGGAAGCUCUAUCCGAUCGUGGAACUACCCGACCCGCUAUAUCCGGCAUUACACCAACGCGGGUUACAUCGCAAGCAACGGCGGCGUCCACACAUUUGAUGCGACCAACUCAUUCAACGAUGACGUGAGUUGGGUGGUUAGCACCAGCUUCGCCUGA